UUGAUUUUUCCCAAUUUGUCCUAUUGUGCAAAGUUGUGGGAGGUCUACUCACAAUAUGAUUUUUGAAAAAAAAUAGCAAUAUGCAUUGUUAAUAUCACUUAUUAUACGGACCCACUUUUGCUAAAACUUUCUGAAGUUAAAAGAGAAAGAAUUACAAGGAGAUGCAUUUCUGCUGUUCAGUGAAGAAACAUUGUGAAUGAUGCAAUAUAGAAAAAUUCUGAUAAAUUUAAUUUUUAAAGUACUUGCUCUCAAAGCGAUUCUUGAAGGUUCUUAAAAAAAGGAAUUUAAUAAUAAUGAAUUACCUGUUGUGUUUAUGAAUUUAGGGUUUUAUUUUUUUUACUUACAAUUGUAAAGUAGUAGCUUAAGGAGAUAUGUUUGUAAUAGAAAAAAAAAUAAUAAUUGGCCAGUCAUGACUUAAAUUUGACAAAACCCCGGAAUAUUUGCAACAAAGGCUACUGCAAAUUUUAUUAUACAACACACACAAAGCAAUUCCUAAACGCUAUGUUCACCAGGGUCAAAGGUCAAAGACCGAGGCUGCACAUGUACCUCUGCCAAGGAUGCUGUUGUUUUUUGUUGGCAUGCAAGUUGACAAAAAUAAAAUAUAAUCAUGGAAGAAUGAAAAAAAUAGUUUUACAACCUUCUGGUGGAGCAACACGAGAAGUUUGAGACUAAAGGACAUGAAAAGGGAGCCGGAGAACUCAAAACGACUCAAAUCUGCAGACUUACCUUUAAUGUUGAACACUUGAUCUUUAUGAUGCAUUUCUGGCAUCAUAAAGGCCAACUUUUAACUUGUAACUCUCCCACAUUAGUUCUAGUCCACAUGCUCAUAAUUUCAUUUUCAAUAUUUUACACUGGCUAGGGGCAAUAGGCGCGGGAGAAAAAAACCCCGACAAAAUGGAAGCAUAUUUUCAAGCCCCGAUCCAUUGGGCACAUUUCAAAAUAUGGAGCAAGAAAUAACCGAUGCUGUAUUUCCAUUAAUGAAGACGCUUGUUUCCAAGGAGGUGGAAUUCCAAAAAACGGAACUCUUUAUCCAGCGCUUGAGCUUUGCCUUGCAGAAGAAAUUUGAGGGCCACUGGUACCCCGAAAACCCGAGCAAAGGAGAAGCGUACAGGUGCAUACGAGUUAACCAAUACAAUCGUAACGAUCCGGAACUCCUUCGUGCUUGUCAUGAGAGUGGUCUGAAGUUUUGUGACUUGCGACUUCCCCUCGAUUUCACGCUGUGGAUAAACCCUGGUGAAGCUUUUUGCAGAAUCGGUGAAGAAAAUCCUCCAUUUUCAGUAGCAACUGUGGCUGCCAUGUAUAAGGAAUACCUCGCCAAGAAGUUGUCAAACACUCAGGACAACGAGAUGUUCGACUCUUGUUCUUCCUCGGAUGGCGAGGACAUACAUAAUUGUUUUUCUAUCAACAACGACAAACAGUUGAAUCCACUCGCUCCGGCCUGGUAUCCCUCUGGCUUUCCGGAACCUACUCGCUCCCGCUUGAACUGCAGAGCAACCAAGGAAAAGUCACAUUCUUUAAAUAUUUACAGGCAUUGUCCAACUGCUUCGGGAAGGAAAAUAAAAAUGAAAUAAGAAACA